AUGUUGCAUGGAGCAUCUCGAAUCUUAAAGUUGUUUCCGUCUCCAUCAAUGUCUGCGUGGCAGCAAACGCAUUCACUUGGUCGACGUUUACGACGAAGAACAAAAAUUAUUCAAAGUAUUCCGGCAAAAGUACUUUCAGUUUCAAAAAUUAAUGAAUUGGUGCGGAAACGGUUAGAAAUUUUCUCAUGUGAGAAUCCGGCAUCAGUUUCGGAAAUGGAUUUGAAUUCCUUAUCUGCUGAUAGAUACCUGGAAAUAAAUGCCAGCAAAUAUACUUCAAUUAUUGCAUUUCGACAGGCUAAGAAAGAAGAAAAUAAACAUGAAAAGAAAGAAUUGACUGUUGAGUGUGGAGAAACUAGGAAAGAACAUAAUGAUUUUUUGUUAUCUGGUUCUUUUUUGUUGAAAGCUGAUUCGAUUGCUUCAAGAAAUCUGGAAAAUUCGUCGACGUUUUGUAAGUUUCGUGGUUCCGAUCGUGGGUUUUACAUUUAUGGCGAUAGCUUUGUCGAUGAAUUUGUUGUUGGUUCAACAGCGGAUAUACCUGGUGGUGAACUGGAAAAUGUUGACGAUGAAGUCGUAGUUCGUUAUGGUGCCGAAGAUGCUGUUGAAGAAAUUGAUUUUCAGCUUCCAGGGCAAAGCAGCAAUCCAAAAGAUAAUGUAAUGGAGGACGAGGGUGAUGAAUUUUUGGAUAAUUAUGGUACAGUCGAUCCAACAAUGCCCUCCUCAAAUAAGCUUUGUGGUGCAUGUGGAGCGAAUUUCCAUUGUCGAGAUGCUUCUCUGCCAGGCUUUUUGCCUGCAGAAAUUUUUUUGAAGUUGAAUGAGUAUAAUGAUCAAUUGUGCCGCAGGUGUUAUAUGCUUAAAAAGCAUAAAUUUUUGCUAAAUGUUAAUGUUUGUGAAGUGGAUUAUCAUUCGAUGAUGAAGCAUUUAAAACUUAAACAGGAAGCACUAAUAAUACUUGUUGUCGAUAUGUGUGAUUUGCCGGGAUCCAUUUAUUCUGAAUUGCCAAAGAUAAUUGGUUAUCAGAAACCUAUGAUUGUUGUUGGAAAUAAGGUUGAUUUAUUGCCGCCAGAUGCACGCCGUGGUUUUUUACAUCACUUCCGACAAAUUUUGCAUAGUUCAUUGAAGAGAGUAGGAUUUAUUGAUAAUUUCAAUAUUUUACACACGUCGCUUAUUAGCGCGAAAACAGGAUAUGGUAUCGAAGAUCUUAUUACUAACAUUUUUUUGAGAUUUUCAACUCGAGACACUUUGCGCAAUGAUAUGUAUUUAGUUGGAUGUACAAAUGCAGGAAAGUCAACACUUUUCAACGCAUUACUGCAGUCCGAUCUAUGUAAAGUACGUGCUGUAGACUUAGUGGAACGUGCAGCUGCAACUCCUUGGCCUGGUACCACCAUUUCAUUAUUAAAAUUUCCGGUAAUGAAUCCUUCGCCAUAUAAACUGGAAAUCAGACGACGACGAUUGUUAGCAAAUCAAGCUUGGCAAAAAAAGGAAGACCGUAUACGGUAUUAUUUGUAUAAGCAGUCAGGAGAUGUAAAGUAUGCAAUGUUACAAUCUGCCAUUGGAAAUUCGUUUAAGGACCGUGAAGAAGAAUUGCAACCACCACCUUUUCAUUCUAUACUUACCGAUUCCGAAGCAGCAACAGAAAAACCGAAACGAGUUUUUGAUCCGAAUUCAUGUAUUUUUGCGAAAGGAAAAUGGUGUUUUGAUACACCUGGAACCGUCAAUUCAGAUCAGAUUCUUGAUUUAUUCACUUUGGAUGAGCUGAUUGCUGUUUUACCGCGAAGUAUGAUUUUACCACGAACAUUUAUUAUGCAUUCUGAGGAAUCUCUUCUCAUUGCUGGCGUUGCGCAAAUCGAUGUGAUUAGUUUACCGACUACGAAGCCUACUUCCAAUAAGAAUUAUCCAGAAAGACGAUCAUGUAUUUUACUGACAGUGUUUGCCAGUGAGCAGCUUCCAAUUUUCAUAAGAAAAACAUCUGAGAUGGCGGCUUUUCGUGAAAAAUAUUUGGGUAGUUCACUUCUUGUUGUUCCAGCUGGCAAUGCUGAAAGAAUAGCGCGGUUUCCAAGCCUUAAAGGCUGUGAAAUGAUCUUAGAAAGUCCUGGAUCAGGGAAAGGCUGCGGCGAUGUGGUACUUUCGUCUGUGGGAUGGGUGUGCGUAACAUCUCGACGUGGAGAAGUUCGCUUACAAGCUCAUACCCCUGAAGGACGCGGUUUAUUUUUACGACAGCCAGCGCUUUUACCAUUUUGCGCACAACUUCGUGGAUCACGUAUAGGGGGUACAGCUGCAUACAAAGUAAAACGACCUGUGCUAUAUGGUCCAGAUGUAUCGCGAAAGCAAAGAAAGCGAAAAGUCCCCAAUAAAGGAAGUGCUAAGCCGAUAAAUUUAUUUUAA